AAUCGUGGGACAGACUCGCACGUCAGGGAGAGAGAACUGGAUGUAAACAUGGCGGAGAAAGAAGUUGGAUCCCUGUAUAAUCUCGCUAUCAGCCAAGCAGUCCGGCUUCACAGAUUAUUCACGAGGGAAUACAGACAUCUACCAGAUACCGUACAAUGCGACGUUUAUUACGAGCUGUAUAAAUCGGGGAAUUUUGUUACAUUGGCCGAAGAAGUUAGGAAUAUUGAUGUAUUUGCUAAAGCACUUCGAGCUGGAACUAGAAGGAUCAAACUUUACAGACCCUUCCAGGAGCUUGUAGAUGAAGGGUACAACUUGCCCCAAGAGCUGGCUAUAGAGUUUAGGUGCAGAUGUAAAGCUUCUCAGAGACAGGGUUCCCAUUCAAAGGACUAUGAGGCACUUCUCAGUAUCGGAUGGCUUGUUGGGGGCUUCCUGUCGGAGACGGGCUGGGACCUUGCUGCAGAGCAGAUCUCUGAGGACUGUCUAUCAUUGUGCGAUGUGAGAAAGAUUGGUGACUGUAAAAAAGCUCUUAAGUGUGUUACAAGGCUUCUCCAUGUCCGGACGGGCUAUUGCAAGUUUGCUGAGGCGCGGCAUACGUUUGACUUUGCAAUGGAGCUGGUUCAGAAACUAAGAAACAAGGGUGAGAAGGUCAAUACUGCAAUGCUGUACGGUGAGAGAUGUGGGCUGCUGUUUGCACUGAGUGAAUAUGAACAGGCCUUCAAGAACAGUAUCAAAGCACUCCAAGAUGUUACUUCUUAUCUACACGACAAGGUUAUUAUUGAUAUACUGAGGCAUGCAGCAAAGGCAUGUGUUGUCAAGAGAAAAUUCAGGAAGGCAGAGGCGCUAAUAAAGCAAGCAAUGAUAUUAGCAAGACACACUUUUGGUGAUCAGCACCCCAAAUUUGCAGAUGUCUUGGUGGAUUAUGGGUUCUAUUUACUAAAUGUGGACUCUAUUCAUCUUUCUGUUCAGGUUUACAAGACAGCAUUUCGGAUCAGAAGUGAGGUGUUUGGUGUGAAUAAUCUCCAUGUGGCUACCGCACACGAAGAUCUCGCCUACGCCAUGUACGUCCAUGAGUAUAGCACCGGAAACUUCGCAGAGGCAAAGGCAAAUGCAGAGCGAUCCAUAGACAUCGUCACUAAACUUUUUCCUGACGAUCAUUUACUACUCGCCUCUUCCAAAAGAGUCAAAGCUCUUAUCUUGGAGGAGAUCGCCAUCGACUGUCACAACAGGAAGUUGGAAGACGAUAUUUUACGAGAAGCCCAGCAACUGCACCUCGCAUCACUCGACCUGGCGAGGAAAGCAUUCGGGGAAAAUAAUGUACAGACUGCAAAGCAUUAUGGGAACCUCGGAAGGCUGUACCAAUCAAUGAGACGAUAUGAAGAAGCCGAGGAGAUGCAUAAAAAGGCCAUUGAAAUCAAGGAGAGAAUUCUUGGAAGUGAGGAUUAUGAAGUAGCUCUGUCGCUUGGCCACCUCGCUUCGCUGUAUAAUUACGAUAUGGAGCGGUACGACAAGGCGGAACAGCUUUAUGUCCGGUCGAUAGAAAUAGGUCGUAAACUAUUUGGAGAGGGAUACAGCGGACUGGAGUACGACUACAGAGGACUUAUCAAUUUAUACGACUGUGUUGGUGAUUUUGACGACAUGGAAAAGUACCACAGCAUCCUGAUCGAGUGGCGGGAGAUCCGUGAGAACGUCGACAACAAGAGUGCGAUGGAAGAAGAGCCGGGAGAGCCCGACCCCACUCACCAAUUCAUUGCGAACUUCCUCAGCGAUAUAGACCAUCACUAACCCUUAUUAGAUAUCACAAAUUAUUUAUUCUUUAAAGCUUGGUAAGCGACUGCGCCCAUAGAUUAAUCUUGAUAUCUUACACAUUUGGUAACUCGAAAAAAAAAUCUUGAUAACACAUUCAAUGUGGCAUCAACAAUCCAUCCCUUCAAAGCGACCUCCUAUUCUGCCCGUAAAAGGUUGGGAACUCAUUCAGUUGAUAGGGAUUUGAUCUUUCUAAGGUAGAAUGUUUUAAUAUUUCCUAGGAUUUCUUAUCACCAGGUUUUAUACUAUGCAGAUUUCAGGUGUAUUAUGAAAACGCUUAAAAGCGCAUGAUAGGAUUCAGCUAUAAUACAAAGGCAGUGCGAUAGAAUUUGUAAAUAUGUUAAUUGUAUAUAAAAUUGAUAUCUGAAAUAAAUCAUUUUUAUUUGCAAA